UAGGUGUCUCACUUUCUCAGUGUUUGUAUGGACUGGAGCGCAGCGCCGGCUGCCCGCCUGCCUGCUGCUCGUCUGGCUGACUGGCUGCGUUGACGUCAGCGCCGUGUUGAUUUGCUAAGGCGAGAGAAGAAAGGAGUUAGUGCGUGUUGAGAGAGCGGGUACUGCGAACUGCCUUACUAUGCUGUAGCCCCAAUCCCCCUACACUAUCCGGAAUCAAAACGUGCAACUUAGGUUUCAUCUUGUUUACUAAGAUAGCUAAAAACAUUGUUGAGCGGGGAAGGCAAGCCUCAUGAGUCGGCCUCGUGGUUUGCAUCGACAUAAUGGAUUUAACUAAGAUGGGUAUGAUCCAGCUUCAGAACCCCAACCACCCCAAUUCCCUGCUGCAGAAGGCCAACCAGAUGCGUCUGGCUGGGACUCUGUGCGACGUGGUCAUCAUGGUAGACAGCCAGGAGUUUCACGCUCACAGGACUGUGCUAGCCUGCACCAGCAAAAUGUUUGAAAUCCUCUUUCACCGCAGCAGCCAGCAUUAUACCCUGGACUUUCUAUCACCAAAGACUUUUCAGCAGAUUUUGGAGUAUGCUUACACUGCCACGCUCCAGGCCAAGGUGGAGGACUUGGAUGACCUUCUGUAUGCAGCAGAGAUACUUGAGAUUGAGUACUUAGAAGAGCAAUGCCUGAAGAUCCUGGAAACCAUCCAGUCCUCGGAUGAAAAUGAUGCUGAGGUCAAUGCUAACGAUGGGAGCACAGAGGAGGAUGACGAGCGCAAAGGUCACAAUGGAGCCAAAAACUCAAAAAAGCAUUCCAUGGGGAGCCCCUAUCUGUCAGGUACCCAGCAAGUCUCCAACAUGUCUGGCGUCGUCGACCAGAGUCCCUCCGUCUCCACUUCCUUCGGCGUCUCCACCCUGAGUCCCACCAAAGCUGCUGUGGACAGUCUGAUGAGCAUUGGCCAGUCUCUGCUCCAGCAGGGCUUUGGGGGUGAACAACUAAUUCACGGCAACUCCAACCAACUGAUGACUGAGAUCAAAACGGAGAUGAUGCAAGUGGAUAUGGGUGGCAAUGGCCAUGAAAGCCCUCAGAACAUGGAGUCCAGUGCCUCCAGCAAUGGAGAACGAAGUGGGGAGGAUAGGAACAGAGAUGGUCCUGGAACACCAACCAGGAGCAGUGUGAUCACCAGUGCCCGUGAGUUGCAUUAUGUCCGUGAUGAAGGCAUGGGUGACUCUCAAGCUGAAGUCAGUCAGAUGGGGAUGGAAACAAUGGCUGGAAUGACUGAGAAACAUCUGGCCUCACUGUACUCCCUACCUGUCAAUCAUAAAUCAGACGCCAUGAUGUCCAUGCCAGCAUCCAUGGCAUCCGCUCUACCCAUGUCCCCAGCUCUGGCUAUGUCUAUGGACUUCAGUGCCUAUGGGGGACUCCUGCCCCAGAGUUUCAUCCAGAGAGAAUUCUUCAGCAAGCUUGGGGAGCUGGCAGUGGGCAUGAAACCAGACGGCAGGAACCAGCAUGAACGUUGCAAUGUUUGCGGUGCAGAGCUACCAGAUAAUGAAGCUGUGGAGCAACACAGAAAGAUGCACAGUGGAAUGAAGACCUACAGCUGUGAGCUGUGUGGGAAGAGCUUCCUGGACAGCCUCCGUCUACGAAUGCAUUUGCUGUCUCAUUCAGCUGGUGAGAAGGCCAUAGUUUGUGACCAGUGCGGCGCCCAGUUCCAGACAGAAGAAUCCCUGGAGGCUCACCGGCAGAUCCACACCGGGUCCGACAUGGCCAUCUUUUGCCUGCUUUGUGGGAAGCGCUUCCAGACCCAGACGGCGUUGCAGCAGCACAUGGAAGUCCACGCCGGCGUUCGCAGCUACAUUUGCAGCGAAUGCAACCGGACUUUCCCCAGCCAUACUGCACUCAAGCGUCACCUACGCUCACACACAGCAGGGGACCACCCAUUUGAGUGUGAGUUCUGCGGGAGCUGCUUCCGAGAUGAGAGCACGCUGAAGGGCCACAAGCGCAUCCACACUGGGGAGAAGCCCUAUGAAUGUAACGGCUGUGGGAAGAAGUUCAGCCUCAAGCACCAGCUGGAAACCCACUACCGUGUGCACACAGGUGAGAAGCCAUUCGAGUGCAAGCUGUGCCACCAGCGAUCCAGGGACUACUCGGCCAUGAUCAAGCACCUGCGCACCCACAAUGGCGCCUCGCCCUACCAAUGCACCAUCUGCCUGGAGUACUGCCCUAGCCUGUCAGCCAUGCAGAAGCACAUGAAAGGCCACAAGCCAGAAGACAUCCCCCCAGACUGGCGUAUAGAGAAGACGUACCUGUACCUCUGCUAUGUCUGAGUCCAGGAAAGUGAGUCAAGAGGGUGGGGGACGGGUUGAGAGGUAAGGGGAAUGUAACAGAGCGAUAGAAGGCAUGAGUUUUGACGAUUGAGGAAUGUCAACGACAAGUGACUCGAAAGCAAGAGGGUUUGUUUUCUAUUUUUUGUUUUCAUGCAAAGGCGGCAAUGAGUCAUGGGGUAAAAGGGUGGUGAUGGUGGGGCAAACGUGCUAAGAAGAGGAAGUCUUGGACACGGAGAGCAAUUCUCCACCAUUGUUCGGAUUCACCGGGUCAUUCACUACAUCUGCAACUGUGUUAUUGUUUCAGGUCAUUUUAUGCAGCGCCAUAAAGCGAGCAAGCUGCAAGGAAGUGACUUCUUGGAUGCUGCUGUGUUGAGAAAGCAGAUUCUCAAGGGCUAUCUGAACCUGUACAUCCAUGCUGUCAGAAGUUUUCGCUGCAUUUUCAGUUCCUGUUUUGCCCCCCCCCCCCCCCCCAAAAUGGAAAGCCUUUGUUGUUGUUGUUGUUGCUGUUGUUGCUGUUGUUGUUCUGCAGUGGUAUCUUGUGCGUUCACACUCACACUGCUCAAAGUAUCACCACAAACCUAUGUCUUUCUGGCUAUGAACUAUUUGAAAAGUAUCUGAGGAAGAUUGAGAUGUGUUUUCUAACAUGCACGCAUCCUGAAGAAACGAAUACCCUUGUCCAGCCUUCUCCUUUUUAAGUAGAAAGUGUAUUUGUUUUGUCACCUUUCUUCUUCUUCUGUGCAUGAGUAAGUUUCACAGAAAUCUUCCAGUUAACCGGUCCAUACCUGAAAAACCAUCAGAUCCCAGCGGUGGUAGUUGGGAUAGCCCCUGAGAAUCAGCAGCAGAGCUGAAAGGCUUAUGCAGUAGAUGAAGACAGUUGAACUGGAUGAGUGGAAGCAUUAAUUUAAUGCUGCAAAACCAAGCACCCAUUUGGUUGUGAGUGGGGAAAAUGCUAGCGCUGCUUUGUUGGAAGUUUUCUCUGUAGUCUUCCUCAUUCUGCAUCUCUGCCAGAUGAGGGCUGGAGACGGUUGAGUCACAACUGGCCACUCACGGUUCUCCCCAGAGAGCCACAGGCUAACUUGUGUUACUUUUUUCAUCAUCAUCAUAUAAAUAAAUAUAUAUAUACAUACAUAUAUAUUUUUUAUUUUUUUGCUCUGCAUCGUAGUUUAUUAUGGCUUGAUUGCACAAGUAAAACAAACUACGACAACAGUCUCUGUUUGAAGUCAGCAAGGUAUAUAUUUUUUCAUCAAAUCAUAACUCGCUACAGUAUUUCACAUUAAACCCUGCCUUUUCACCUAUUCAGCAGUAGAUAACAGGACUGCUUUCAUCCAUGUACAUUUAACCAGGUGACUGUCAUUUUCUCACACUAACAAUAAAGUGCAUAAACUGACUGACACACAAGCACUUCAACUGCACGAGAUCUGUCCAUUCAAAUCAAAGUGGUGGAAAGUAAAAUUGGGUAAAGGAUUUCUGUCGGUGGGAGUCCUGUGACUUUAACUGCUAGUUGUGAAUGUGGAGAAUGCCUUACCUGCACACCUUAACAUUUGUCAUAGGUGGUGUGGCAGUUUGAAGACUGUUAUAUGGCAUCAUGACAUGAAUGUGAACGCCUGUAAGCCCGGUUCAUACUACCAUAUAAACAUACAUACUGUAGCAGGUUAAUGCUGCCUUUCAUUCAGUAAUUCCAACAUUGGAGGUUAUAAUUAUUUUCCGGGGGGGGGGGGGGUGGAAGUGUUUCUCCACCCAGCAUUAACAGCAUGCAUACUUAGAUUCCAGCAGGCAAGUCUUGCUGGGCUGCACACCUCCUCAUCGCCCAGAAGCCCCAGGUCACUGUGUGGAAGUGGGGUUUAUUUUGGAAUAUGCACCACCUGAGUGCUGGCAGGUCCUGUGUUAUGUUACAGAUAUCUUGUUCAGAUGAUGCAUAUUCACAAAUGUAGUUGCACUGAUUUGAAUUACCACUGGGGCUUUUGGCAAAAUAUAACUAAAAGGAUGUGUGUCGUCUGCUGUGUGUGUUGGAUCCUUGUUUACAGCACAGCAUAGAGAAAGGGGGUAAAAGCUGUUAAGCAAGCAUUAUAUUUCAUGUUAUGCAGCAACACUGACCUUACUUCUCUUGGGAAAAGCAUAACCUGAAAAACUCCUGCUCCUACAUUUUCUCCACAAAGGAGAUGGCUAAGUCUGGUUUUCUUUGAAAUGCAGCAUUAGACCUUUAUGGUAUAUGCAGUCAGGUAUCAUGGUUGAACCUAGGGGGUUUUGAUGAAUAUCACUGCACGUCACAGCGUUAUCUGGUUGAUGACAUAUCCAAAUGGUUGGUGGAAGAAGGUGAUCACUGAUUUGACGAGACAGCCCAGCAGCUUAGGGGGCGACCAGUAAGAUGACAGAAUAAAUCGACUCGUUCUCUGUGGUUUUUUGUCCAUGCACUUCGUCUCUCUCGUCUCCUUUUGUUCUUGUUUUUUUUGUUAUUAUUUACCUUGAGUUUGAUCUCAACACAUUGUACUUGAAUUACCUCGUUUUUGUGACCUCAUGUUCCUUUUAUGUAUUUUAAUUUUCCCUUUUGUUUCAUUUGUUUUUUGUUAGAUUUUUUUGUUGUUGUUUGUUCAUGAGCGUAUGUCAGAAAGAUGCAUUGCAAAUACGAUGAAGCAAUGCGUACACAUAAAAAAUUAAGUGCCAUGGUGAAGAGAUUUGUUUGUUUUUCUAAUGUUGUGUAUUUCUUUGUGCAUUACUUGUUACCAAACUUGGUAUUAUUAACCCUGCUUGUUAAAGAGCUGGAAGGUUUGGUCAUUUUGUUAAAGAAGCUACCUCUAAGUUGUUUUUUUUUUUUUCUUUUUCUUUUUUUUUUCUUGGCAAAAGCACAUUUUUUUCGUGUUUGUGUUUUGCAUUGUUUCAUCUCAUGCUUUUUUUUUUUUUUUAAAGUUGAUUUAUGAUUGUUUUUUACGCAAAAUGUAUAUAAAAGGGUGAGAGAUAGCAAAAGUAGAGGUUGAUAGAAUAAGAAAUGCCAAAUGGAUUUUUAUUCUUCUCUUAUAGUCUCCCCCCUGCACCUCCAACCACAGAAGAGCAGAGGAAAAAAAAAAAAAAUAAAUAAAAGCAAUUUUGAAGCCUUAAGUGAUGAUGGAUACAGCAGAUAAGAGGAAGUACUAUUGCUUUUUAAGAGGGUUUAAAAACAAGAAUUUAAACUUGAACAUAUGUGAAUAGAAUUGUAGUUUUGUAAUGUGAAAAAAAAAAGGUUCAUCAAAAAACACUGAACCACCCAGGACAGGUCAUUUUUGCAGUGAUGCAGAGUGCGUUGGACAAUUGGAACGGUAAGUGGUAAUCAAAAAAAAGAAAAAGAAAAAAAAGAAAAAGAAACCCACAUAAAACAGAAGGUUAAAAAUAGAGAUUCUCUCAGCAGACAAGCUCUCUUGAGAAAUGAGUGUAUUCCUGAACAAGAGCCAAUAGAGGCAAUUUGAUAUAUAAAAAUUGUGAUAUUUUUGUAUUCAGUGUCAGUCCUUUUUCCAUUUGUGGAGGGUUAUAGCAGGGCACAAAUAUUUGUAUUUUUUUUUUUUUUUUAAAACCUGUUUUUUUUUCUCUCUCUCUUUUUGGGUGUGAAUCAUUUUUUUUGCCUUGCUCCUCUUUGAUAUUGUUGAACAAAAAAACAUGUGUGUGAACAUAUUGUAAUAAGUGUUGCUUUCUGGAUGUCAAUUGCAUUGUAGGUGAAGGACUAAAUCUAUCCGCCACAAAUUUUACGAGUGUGUGUGUGUGUAUGUGACAAAGUUAAGAAAAAAAGAAAAGAAAAAAAGAUGAUAAUAUACGGGACGGCAGGGGACGCUGCCAAACCGACCAAUUAGUACUUGUCAUUCACGAUUUUUCAAUCAAACUUGACUGUCGACAUGUUUUUUUUGUUUUUGUUUUUGUACUUGAAAAAAAAGGAAAAAAAAAAAAAAAAAGAAGGGAUGGCAUGUCCCGUGGUGUCUUGCCAUUUUAUUCUCUAACACUGUGAUUUGAGGGAGCUUUUUUUUCACCCUCGCAUAAUAUCCACCCACUAUAAUAUAAGCAGUCACGGUUCAGUCUGAACACCACAAUGCAAGACCCGUUCAGUCACAUUAUUCCUAUCAUCGUCCUCUGAAUGUUUUCUACUUUCUUGUGCAGGUGAAAGAGUGCAUGAAAGAGUGUGUAACUGUGUGUGUGUGUGUGUGCGCGUGUUAGUGGGGAAAAUGCACUAAACAGAUCAGAUACAAAAUAAAAAUGAUAUUCUAUGCCACUUUUUUCUGUGGGAAAAAAUAUAUAUAUACAUUGGCAUUGAUAUAGUUCUUCCCUCAGUGUUUCUCCGAUGUUUCUGUACUAUCUUUGUGCCUAAAAAUGGAAAUUGUUCAACAAAAAUAUCCAUCUAUAUCUGCUUAGUUUCUGUAUUUUCAGAAGAAAAUAAAAAUGGUGUCUCCAGCGCCCUAGGGAUGUCAUGACGCUCGAAAAUGUCCUGUUUUCUUUUUCUUUCUUUCUUUUUUUUUUUUCCUUUUUAAUCCUGAGUAGAGCAGGGCUUCUUUUUCAAGGACUGCAAUAAACCCUUAAUGCUAUUGAAACAGCAACUAGGAUUGUGCAUCCGUUUCUGUUCUUUGCCUCUACACUGUGAUUGGCACCCAGAAGCAUUUAUUUAGCAGCACAAAACAAAGCAUGAGGAAAAUUUACUGAAUUUUGUGGUGCAGUGGUAAAUCUAAGACAGGCAUUUGGGACAAAAAUCUGCUUUGUGAUUUACUUUUUUUGUUUUCUUGAAGGCAAAUUGAGCCCAAGUCUGCGUCUCCACUGCAGAUUUCUAAUUUUCUAUUUUGGCAGCAACAGGUUUGCUGAGCAGAACAUUAUAUUGUUCUGGAAAAAAUAAGAAAUAAAGAAACCUCCGCUUGGGUAGGUCAGCACUAGGGUAUUCCCCUUCUGUUGCUUCAGUUUUUUAUUUUUGUUUUUAAGUAUCUUUUUUUUUUCUUUUCUUUUCUACGAGAUGCAUUUAAGAGGGGAUGUUGAACUCGUCAGAGGAAUCAUGGCAUCCCUGGAGCUGGCACUCUGUGUUUUGGUGUGGUGUUUCUAGAACAAAGUAGCCAUUUCAUGCAGUGUUGCAAUGCAUGUGUCAUCGAGGUCUAGACUUAACUUGUUUGAGUAACAAAGCACCAAGACAUUGUAUUUUUUUAUAUUAGCACUGAGGACCAAUUGCCCUGUCGGACCAAGCAUAACAAAGCUUUUUAUGUAACAAAGCUUUUCUCUCUCUUUCUCUGUCGUUCCCUGGCUUGUCUGUGCUACUUCUUUCCUCCAUUGUUGUGACAGCACAAGUGCCAGUCAAGUUGCUCUAUAUUAAGAAAAUAGUGUUUUUAUUAUGAUUUGAAUGGUUAUAGUUUUUGUCUACCUCAGCACCUAAUCUUAGCCUAAUCUUAGAAGGUGCCCAAUUAUUAUUGUUUAUUUUCUUUAUUUUGUUCUCUUAUUGUUGUCAGUUCUUUAAUUUUUUUUUUUUUUAAUUGGCAUUAGAGCUUUGCAAAGGUCCUUUGUCUUUUCCAGCGACAACGUGCUAUUUCUUUCUGUGGCAGUACGUUUCCUGUUGAGCUGUGCCACCAAUCUAUAGCCACUGUCUGUUGAUAUAGAGGUUGUUCUUUUUUUUGUUUCUUUCCAUGUAGAAUCAGACACAUCUCUUUGUAACAUUUCAGUGUUCUCUGAUGGAGUGUGAAAAAAAAUAAAAAGGAAAAAUAAAAGAAUUAUGCUGCAGG